AUGGAAUUCUCGGUCUCACAUGUCAACUCUUCCAUAGCUGCAAUAUUUGCGCUACUUUUGAUUUUGUACUGGAAAUCUAGGUCUAAAGCUAGCAAAAACAGUGCACCGCCGGAAGCGGGCGGCGCAUGGCCCGUUAUAGGCCACCUCCACCUCAUAGGAGGUGGCUCACGUCUUCCACACAUCACCCUGGCAGCAAUGGCGGACAAGUAUGGACCAGUCUUUACAAUCCGGCUCGGAGUGCAUAAAACCCUAGUGGUGAGCAGCUGGGAAUUGGCUAAAGAAUUGUUUACCACCUGGGAUGUAACUGUAUCUUCACGUCCAAAGUUUCUUGCGGCCAAACACAUGGGCUAUGACUUCGCCAUGUUUCCAUUCUCCCCUUAUGGCACUUAUUGGCGCGAACUGCGCAAACUAAUAGCUGUGGAAUUAUUCUCUCUCCGCAGACUGGAGCUCCUUAAACAUAUUCGUGUUUCUGAAACUGAGGUAUCCACAAAAGAGCUUUACAAGUACUGGAACAAGAAGAACGAUGGUUCUGGUCGGGUUUUGGUGGAAAUGAAGCAGUGGUUUGGGGACUUGAAUUUAAAUGUUGUUCUCAGAAUGGUUGCUGGAAAGAGAUAUUAUGGUGCAACUGCUGAUGGGGAUAAAAUAGAGGCAAGGAAGUGCCAGAAAGUGUUGAGGAAUUUCUUUCAUUUGACUGGACUUUUUAUUGUGGGUGACAAUAUCCCUUAUCUUAGAUGGUUGGAUAUAGGUGGCUAUGAGAAAAAAAUGAAAGAAACUGCAAAGGAAAUGGACAAUAUUGUUGAGAAAUGGUUGGAGGAGCACAAGCUUAAGGCGAAUUCUGGUAGUGAGCAGGAUUUCAUGGAUGUGAUGCUUUCAGCUGUAGAAGGCACAAACCUUCAAGAUUAUGAUCCUGAUACAAUCAUCAAAUCCACGUGCCUAAGUUUAAUUGCUGGUGGAGGUGACACAACUACGAUCAUGCUAGUAUGGACAGUAGCCCUGUUACUAAACAACCGCCAUGUAUUGAAAAAGGCUCAUGAAGAAUUGGACAUUCAUGUUGGAAAGGAGAGGCGAGUAAAAGAAUCAGAUAUCAACAACCUGGUUUAUCUCCAAUCCAUUGUCAAAGAGACUUUACGAUUAUACCCCGCAGCUUUCUUGGGUUCCUCAAGAGAAUUCUCGGAUGACUGCAAAAUAGCAGGUUACCACAUUGCAAAAGGUACGAAGUUAAUAAUUAAUAUGUGGAAAUUACAUAGAGACCCUCGAGUAUGGUUCGAGCCGUUGGAGUUUAAACCAGAGAGAUUCCUCACUACUCAUAAAGAUUUCGACAUGAAGGGUCAUAAUUUCGAAUUGAUCCCAUUUGGAGCUGGUAGAAGAAUUUGUGCUGGCACAACUUUUGGCCUUCAGAUGUUGCAUUUAGUCUUGGCUAAUUUGCUGCAUGCAUUUGAACUUUCAACUCCUUUUGAUGAAAAAGUUGAUAUGAGUGCGAGUUCUGGACUAACUAAUAUGAAAUCUACACCUCUGGAUGUUCUUCUUUCCCCAAGAUUAUCUCCAAGUCUAUACUAA